ACUUUAGUCUAUCAAGCAGCAGGAGGAGAUCAUCCACCGAGAUCCAUGUCGGAUCAUCAGCUCCGACCAGGCAGUUCUGGAAGCUGGUGGAGCGCCGCAAGCCUCGCCACGCCCGUCCCCGAGGUGGCUGACCUCGGUGGGAGCUUCAGAUGGACGACCGCCGCUGACAUGGACGUGUUCGAGGCCCAGUUGAUCUCGAACCCCCAAGUCUCGGCUCCGGCGACGGUGGGUUUCGGCCUCUCGUCCCCUUCCCUCGAGUGGAGCCAGCCUUUCUUCAGCAGCAGCAGCAAUGGUGGGAGAGAGGACACCAGCUGGGGCUUCCAUGGCUUGCUCCAAGAGGAGGUCAUCUCACGGCCAUGCGUUCAGCGACACUCCGGGAUCGAGGAUUCUACUUGGAGUCCAUUGAAGACCAUGAACCCAAGCUUCAUGCAUGACCACCGCCACCACCACGUCUUGAGCUCAAACGCGUCCUGCGAGCUACCUUCGUCGACGCUGUUACCAGGACUUCUCGAACCCGACAGCAGACUGCAAAGAUCGUUUCACGACCAUCGCGAACAGCUGCAGAGAUCGGCAUCCGCUCGAUCGCCGCAGUUCUCCAACGAGACUUGCUUCUGGAAUCCGUCCGCGGGCGACGGAAGUAAUCUCAUCGUCAAGACGACUGCCGGAGUUAUUAGGAGCUCGAGCUCAACCAUGGAGAAGAGAAACGGCAGCGAGCCAGCACUCAAGAAGGCAAGGACAGAGACACCAUCGCCAUUGCCAACUUUUAAGGUCAGGAAGGAGAAGCUAGGCGACAGAAUCACUGCACUUCAACAACUGGUCUCGCCAUUUGGAAAGACCGAUACUGCUUCGGUGCUGCAAGAGGCCAUCGAAUACAUCAAGUUCCUCCACGAUCAAGUCCGCGUUCUGAGUGCGCCGUAUCUGAAGAAUGGCCAUCAAAUGCAGCAAGUGAAGAGCCUGGACUCAUCGAAGGAUUCUGGAGAACAGAAUCAAGACCUCAGAAGCCGAGGGCUGUGCCUCGUUCCCAUGUCGAGCACAUUUGCUGUAGCUAACGAGAUCCCUGCUGAUCUCUGGACCCCUCCCUUCAUAGGAACCUUUAGGUAGCAAAAGAGGGUCGUUGUAGAAGGAGUGGAAGAACAACUCCUCUACAGACACAGGUAGGGAAGGAUAGACCGAAGGAAAUUUAGUGCAGAGAGAGAGAGAGAGAGAGAGAGAGAGAGAGAGAGAGAGAGUAAAGAGGAAGGAAGAAGAAUGGUGGUGACCCAGAGAGGGGAAUGAUGUAAGGCUGGAUUAAAAGUACAUUUGUUGUGUGUGAAUUGAUUGUAGAAGAGCUGCCAUUACUUCUUCUUUCUUUCUUUCUUUCUUGUCCUAACAAAUAUUAUUGAAAACAAGGAGUAAUAAGAGCAAGUAUUUGGCAUUUCUAUCA